AUGUCGUGAGCCCGAAGAUGUUUGAGGAGCUGCGGAGCCGGCUGGACAGCCUGGCACAGGAAGUGGCCCUCCUCAAGGAGCAGCAGGCCCUGCAGACCG